GAGGGGCAAAUAGAAGGAAGAGAUAUCUACCUCUGUGGAGAAUGGGUAAAUGAGAACGCUUUCUGUAACGAGUCGCAUAAUAUCUAACACAGGACUACGGACGUGUCGGCUUCAAGAAGGCAACAAGGGAGUUCACAAACAGGAUCACAGCAGUGCCGCUCUCAAUAAACCUACACACGGUAUAAAUAGUCGAUCACCAAAAGGAAGCAAGACAAGAAAUAAGCGGUUUCACCCCGGUCGAAACGAGCACGCUGGUUAAGCCAAAAGAAACAGCUGCACUUAUUUCUUCGUCGUAGAGUCAGUUUAAAGAAACAUACACUCGGGCUGGGUUUUCGUUUCCCCUCAGCGGGUGAUCAAACCCUUAUAGAUCCCCUCCUUCGACCCGUCGGGGUUUGCUUGUUUUUCUGGUCAGUCGUCCGGUGGGAAACAACCAUGGCAAUGAGAACAGUACUUUAUGCGCUACUUUUAAGUCUGGUGGCGUGUGCCUUCUCUCUAGCGGCACCUGCGGCAGAGUCAAGACUAUCCACGAACACAAAUUCCCCUCGGAAGGGCUCGGGAUCCAAGCUCCUGUACGGAGAUGCUGUGGAUGUGGUUGAGAAAAUGCACGGGUUCCUGUCCACGUUGACCAAGUUUGAAGAGGUGAAGGCCGGUGAGGGCGCUCGGGAGGAUGAGAUGAUACGAUACGGGAUACCAGCGAGGACCAAAAAGGAAAAUGUAGGAUUCCAGAUGCCGGGGUGGCGUAGAAGACGUCGCCGUAGCACAGUGGAAGAUGAUUUGGUGUCUGCGGCUUACUUUGACCGACUGGAUGACCAGGCCGACGCGAUGGUCAACAGCAUCAACAAAUUAAUGGAUGACUUGCAAAAGGUUCGACAAUAUUACGAGGGAAAGAAUGCGUACCGGGAGAGCCGACAAUUUCAUCUGCCGGGCUCGAGAGACUUAUCCCCCGCAGACAACCAGCUUCCCUCCCAGGAGUGAUGCUAAUACAUCCCGUCUAUGACACGGUAAAACAAUCAUACCAAGACAAAUUUAAUAAUAAUGAUAAUAAUAAAACAAAAAUGCAUUAAAAUGACUCCGAAUGCCAGGCUCACGUCACAGAUGUCCAACUUUUUACAAAUUGAUUUCUAAAAAGAUGGGGAUGUGUAGUGUUUUCAUUGAGAGACGUUAUAAUUAGCUUACAAGUGAUCAGUUAAAAAUACAAAAUUGUAAUGAGUAAACGCUGACGACGAAGGACUUUGACGACCACCUUGUGUAUAUCAACAAGGUACAGUGUAAAUUUUAAACAGAGAGACAACUAUAUUGAAGAUAUAGUACAAGCUGUAGUUAUAUCAUUGUUGAUAGAGCACUUUCGAUUUAAACUAUAAAGCACACAGCAAUAUUUAAAUACACGCUCUCAUGUAAUAUACUACAAACCCACCUCCAGCUUCAGCUGCUAUAGCUAACUAGAUUAAAAAGUAGCAACGCUGAUAUAGUGGUAUUCGCUCUGAGCACGCCGGGUUUCUCUCUAGCAUUAAACCGUACUCAAUUUUAUACAUAAGUGUGUAGACUUAUUGGCUGUAAAGUUAGUUUGAUAUUGGCCAUUGGACAAUCACAUGGCAUAGGUUUGUAAAAAUCCCAUUCGCUGUACAAACCUUCUUGAAUGUCAUAUGUCCAAUAUCGAUACAGCAAGAACAUUCGCUGUACAAACCUAUGUGAACGUCCAAUAUCGAAAUAG